AUGGCAGAGCCGAGGGAAGCCAAGCUGCGAAAGUUAGAUGCGUUCAGGCGGCGGUUGCCCCACUUGAGCGCCAGCGCGCUGAGCCAGCUACUGACAGAACUUGUUCGGGACGCCGCAAUUGUCCCCGAGCUCUACGCGCGCACUGCAAUUCGGCAAGCCCGCGAUGUGGUCAACAACGAGCCCACUCCGUUUGGACCCAUUCACCGAUCGGUUAACGUUCACGCUGUUGGGGGUGGGUGUUCUAAGAUCAAUGUCGUGCAUCCGCUUGCGUUGCUCUGGAAGGCUCUCACGCUGAGCCAAGAAUUCAGUGAGUUUGUCAGGCGAAGGUUCGACGCCGCCCCCUCAACCCCAGAGCGGCCUUGGAGUGUUAUUUUAAAUUCUGACGAGGUCACGCCUGGCAAUCCUUUAUCCACCAGCAACGAGCGGAAGCUCCAGGUCAUAUAUUUCAGUUUCGCUGAAUUCGGUGCGAACGCCCUCAGUCACGAGGAGGCGUGGUUCACCAUCAUGGCCGAGCGGAGCGUACAUAUCAAGAAGGUGUGCGCGGGCAUGUCGCAAGCAUUCUCCGCCAUUAUCGGCUCGCUCUUUGACGGUAGCGGCACUAACAUGCGCACGGGCGGUGCGGAAUUGCCACUACACGGCGGCAACGCUCGCAUUUUCGCAAAGCUUGGGGCCGUGGUUCAAGACGGUGGCGCCCACAAGCUGACGUGGCAUUCCCGUGGGGAUGGGGCUCUGCGACUGUGCCUUUUAUGCCAUCACCUGUUUACUGACAAAUCGAAGGUGUGCGACGAAGAUGGAACGCACCUAUUGCGCUGCAAUGUCAUGCGUCAUGAAGACUUGGCGCUGGCCACGGGAGACCAGGUUCGGCGCGCGGCACGUUUCCUCGAGGCGAACGCUGCAGUGAGGUCGAAACCAGAGUUGACUCAUCUGGAGAUGGCAUUGGGCAUGACGCACCAUCCGCACGCAUUGCUACUCAAUCGUGCACUCGACGAGUACGUCGACCCAUGCGAGGCGUUCGUGCAAGACUGGAUGCACGGUCUUUUUGUUGACGGCGUGUAUAAUGUGACUGUAUAUCUGCUGCUGGAGGAGUGUAUCACUAAUGGCAGAAAGGACAUUUACGCCAUGGUUGGGGGAUGUAUUGCAUCAUGGUAUUUUCCAGGCCGCAUUGGCCAUAAGUCAUCAUCCAGGCAUUUCGCGGAUAUAUUCUCAAGUGACAAGAAAGACAAACACAGGAACGCGGCCCACAUCAAGUGCCAGGCAAGCGAGCUUCUUUCCAUAUCAGGCGUGCUAGCUCUUUUCGUGCAGCGGGUGUUGCUGAAGUCGAACACCUGCAACGAUGCCUGUGUAGCGUUUCUUGCGUUGUCCGACGUCGUGGAUUUCGUCAGGUCCGCGAACAGGGGGACUGUCACGUCAGAUGUGUUGGCCGGUGCGGUUCGGACUUUCCUAGCGCGUUUUACUUCUGUCUGGGGUUUUGAAUGGCUCACGCCGAAGUUCUCAGCGCUUCGCGCAUUCUUGGCACCCCGUGGUCAAGUCAUGGGUCCGAGUUGCUAG